AACGGGACCUCAAGGCUGUCGGUCGGGUGUCAUGUUGCCGAGUGGUUCGCAGACGUGGGUUUCUGAGGUUUUACAGCAGACGACAAUAAUCAAGCACGUGCCGACACCUGCAGAAGCCUUUUCGCUCAGAGCAGACCACCGCACUAUCUACGUCCGUCGUCUUGGGAAGACACUAUCACACUACUUGUACAUGUCAGCCAACUUGCUGACACACGCUGGAAGACACGUUGUCCUUAUCCAGCCAUGAUCGUGCCUAGCAACCUACACCUUGUCUGCUUCUUGGAACAGCAAAGCUUCUUUCUUUUGUGAUCGGAUCUAGUGAUGUAAAUAAUUUUCCAAACACAAGAGGAGCCUUGGUGUUUGAGGCAGAACCCUUCGUGAGCAUGGAAACGGCGUCAGUUGAACUCAGCAACACGGUGAUGGCAGAAACCAGUGAGCUUCAGCAACUUUGGGGAACAGGAACUCCGUUCUCUGGGGCCGACUUCACGAAACCCCGAGUUCUGUACUCCGUUUUAUCCCCCGCUCGCCAUCUGUCGUUCAUCAAGUCCAGUAACUCUCAACCCCAAGGCAUCUUGCCUCAUGUCUUACCAUCUUCCAGCACCAAGACCAUCUUUGAAGCCCCGUUCUGCUUCAGCAAUGUGCCCAGCCACCCAAGCGUUCACAGCAACAAUGAUGUGCAGCAAGUCUUUCCAUCCAACAGGCGGGAAGAUCCACACAACAAGGUGAAUGAGGGCCACGAUAACAGCCUAGCCUUUGAAUUUGUACCUGACGGCGCCAUAGUCAGAGACGAAGACGUACAUGAUGAAGUGCGCCAGGACGGUGUCGACAAGCAGGGGAAGGGGUCAUUUCCGGGAGAUCUGAUCCUGCCGCCUCUGACCAGCUUCCCCAACUUUCCUUCCAGGUGGCGUAAAAAGUGGCCCCGUUCCCAUGGAAAUACUGUGCGCAGCACCUCGUCUCCCACUUGCGGCUCAAGUCGCAUCACAAAGCGAACUAAGAACGGGCAGAGACGCUUCGCACCAACCAAGAACAAGAAGCCGAACGAAACAGAAUUCGAAAGUGCAAUCCCUAAGGAGCAAGACCUGCGUUUGGACACCAGCCUGCUUUCGUACAAUACAAGCGAUCAACCGCCACACACCUUCCUUCAGAGCUUGCCAGUGAGGGAGAGAGGGGCAGCUACCCCUACAUACGAGGACUACCCAGCAGCGUACUGGGAGUUACGUUCUUUGACGAUCCAGCGUCCAAGCGACCUGAAAGAAGACAUGAUUGACAGGGACCGGUACCGCCUGCAGCAGAUCUCCGCUCUCCGGUUGCGGGCUUUCCAACAGGAGAGUGUUUCCAGCAAGCUGGACUCAGUUCGCAAGUGGCAGCAACAGAUUCGAGACGGCAACCCCGGCCCAAGACGGGAAGAGGAGACAAGUUUUCAUGCGUCCGAUUCCCACGCUCAGGUUAAAGCCGAAGGAAGGAGUAUUAACGACAAAAGUCCAGCAGCAUUGGUUGUGACAUCAGUGUCUCUCCCUGCUUUCGGUCAGAAUAAAUUAAAGACUGGCGUCGUUAAUGAUGCAUCUUCGCUUGCUGCUGUUCCUCUGACUCGCGGACAGGAGACAGAGCGAUUAUCUCCAAGAGAACAGGGGCCAGCAGCAACAGAAGUGGAGAUCGGAGAAACCUCGAAAGAACCAGUCGUGAAAGUUAUGAAGGCAUCAGUCCUCAAUCUGCACAUUGAGACAGCCGGAAGAUCGCCAUCUCACAUGACCCUCGACAAUGUCAGACACAGAGAGUCGACAUAUGCAACUGCCGACACGUCCAACCGCCAUCUCCACGGUCAAGUUCAGCCUGAAAGUCGUCGACUCGCUAAUAGUCUGCCUUCCAUUGGCGACGAUUUGCUGGCAAAACCUCAAAACGGUCGUCCACACAUGUUUACCUCUGGGCCAGCUCGCAUGCCUCCUUUGCCGGAUUCGGCAGUUGCAGCUUUUGACAUGAAAGCCAGGACAGCUCAGGGUCACACCGUGCCUCCGAGUCAUCCGAGGACCACUGGGACAAAGAUUCUGAGAAAGUUCACCCGCCUGCAGGUUUUUGGAGAGAGGUUUUCGGCCAAUGAACAGCAAGAGGACGACGAAGGGUGGAGCCUGCUAGUCACGCCUCCGGACAGCAGAAGGCCUUACUUGACUCAGCUCCGCCCUCCGUCGUACCGACUGGAUCUGAAGAACUACCCGCCUCAUCCGCACGGCUCCGUUGGUGAACAUCCGGGUAGUAGCAUCAAGUUAGUUCACAUGUCACCACGUCGCUCCGAUCCAGUUACGUUUCAUUUCCAGGGCGGUGAGGUCAUCAUAUCUCGCCAUGGACCUCAACAGGCGUAACGGUGACGUGACUCGGUCUGUGGUGACGUCCUUCUCGCGAAUGGUUUCAGCAUGCGGUGACGCCACACACACGGUGUCAGUACGUGAUGGGGUGGGCACUCUAAUCGUGUGGCGAUGCUUUGGGCUCCAUAGUAGGACCCCACGACAGACAGCAAGCGGGACAGACUUGACCGAUUAUAAGGACGACAUGAAUUUUACACCUGUACAAGUCUGUGACUACUUCUGUGAGAGAGAACAUCUGUGCUGAUAGACACGCCUGUAAACCAAGGGAGAUUACUCCGUGUUUGUAUUGUGAGAGCAUUUGCCACUUCAGGGGAGGUAACAGCAGCGGCCUCGCCAUGUGAUACCAGGGUACAGUUAGCACAAGUACACUGUGUAAAGCUAAUAAUUGUGAUUUCAGUUGUUGGCAGAACUUUAUUGGUGCACGGCAUUUCUAGUGUCAAAAUAAUACAGAGUGAUUUUAACUUGAGCAUUAUAAAGCCAUUUUAGGUGUUAGGAAAGAAUUUUCAGUCAGAAAUAUUCUCUUAAAGGACUGGUGGAGUGGAAAACGUUCUUUAAUGAUUCAUAAACUUCAGUAAGAUACUGUUUUUUCCCCAAACCUGAGUGAAUACCCUCCUCGAAAUACACACCUGCAAACAUCACCUUUCACGGGAACACCAACAAACACCACCAUGCACUGGACAACAUCGCAGACGUCAUCAAUACUUGAACUUUAUUGGUCACAGGGCCUCAGUCCUCCCAGCUCUUUGGGAGUAUUAACUAAACACAGUGGGGCGGCACUAUUUUAACUCUUUGGGUGCAUGGAGACUGCUUCCUGAAUAGUGUCCCUGAUGGUGUUCUGGGUUGAUGUGGGUAUGAAGACUCAAUUGUGUGAUUAAUAAUAAGCAAUGUGCAAAGCCGGGUACAUUUGGUAGUCAGUGUGUACAGUACACGGCGUCGUUGUUUACAUCUCUGCCUCUGUUAUCUUACUUUUUGCAUAUGGUGUCUCGUUAAUUUUUGAUAGUGUCAAAGUCUUUAAAAUCAACUCAGUGUCUUAAGAAAUGCAUCCAACAAUUUAGGUUUAAUAGUUAACUUAGAUAAGCCUACUGUGGGCUUUUUAUCUGCUCAAGAAAAAUGGCUGCAGGUCUUAUCUGUUGUUACAAAUAUCUAUCUUCUCAUCUGUCUUUCUCCCACACUUUAAAACGAAAUGGUCUGGGAUUAGAUUGAAUGCCUAGGGUGCUUUGGUCCAUCGGCGAUUAUUCCUCAGAUGCCUUUUUAAAAAUACUUGAUGGGCAAAUACAACCCAUGAUGACUUAAGCUUCUGAAGUUGCAAAUUUAAAUCCCAUUGAAACAGUCCUUUCUACGAGUACCAAUACAAACCCCAAACAGACUAGUUUACGACGAUGAGUUGUGUUAACCCUUUUUUUAUCAAUAUCUUUGUAGAAACUGUUAAGUACUGGUUACUUAUUUUAAGCAUGCCCGUAAAUAGACUCUUUGACAAAGCACACAAUGUGUUGUUACAUAUCCAUAACCAAAACAAAGUGACGUGGGCUUCUUCUAUGUAUUUUCUGUUGUUUAGUUAUGGUUUUAGACAUCUUAGGUAGAGCCAAGGGGUUUGCGACCAAGUCCUUUUGUUUCUGCUUCUAAAAAGAGGUUUCAUGAUUGUUAUCAACAAUAUUGGCAAUCAGAUAUUAUGUCUAAAGAACGCUAUGAACUAUGUUAAUCUUGUAAAUUCUUUCUGGGUCAGUGUACAUUUACAGGUAUAUGUUUACCAAAUGCUGGUGUUCGAAGUGCCUUGACUAGUUCUAGAUUAGGUGUCUCAUCGACAAAAUCACAUCCUUAAGACCCGCAAUCAACCCCUUGCUAUGAAUUGUAACUGCCGAAGUUAGAACAGAAUUUUAUUUUGUUUGCCCGGUAUACAUUAGUCUCCGAGAGAAAUUCAUACCUAUAUAGUUUCGUACAUGGCUAUCUAGUUUCACGCUAACAUUGUUAUUUAGCUCCACAAACGCUAACAUCCUGUUCAACCUAUCGCCAUUCGUUUUUAAGGCAUUUCAAAGUCGUAUGGAUAUUUCCUGAAUAAGAAUAUUGUUUGAAAGUCAGUGUGUUGAUGCAACUUUUGUCGGAUUGAAUAUGUAUUUCUUGGACUUUUUAUACUAUGUAUGGCUUAUAACCUUAUUUAUGUACCUGUAAAAUCACCGACCAAUAAAUAUGGAUCGAUGGCCUAAUCAAUAAAGUUCUGAAUUCUCCACCUCUUUCUGUCUUUCUACUUUAUGCUGCAUUAUUCAGUAAAUGAAUGGACACACUUUGAAUUUUAGAGAGAAUACAACAGUGUGAUGAUGUGGAUAAAUUAGUGAUUGAUGAUUUGUCUUGUCUUAAUUUUACAAGACGAAGGACAGUGUUUACAGUUCACCGUUACGGCAGG